AUGAGCACUGACACAGGUACAGGUGUCCGCAAUAUCAUAUUCCAAGCUACAAAUCUCGAUCAAAAUGAGGAUGUCUCAAUAAGCAUCGAUGAAUUCAAGAUUACAGAUGGUCUGUGUCCUCAGCCUGGCAGUUGUGAUUUCGAAAAUGGUUUCUGUACAUGGAAAAACGAGGAGAACUUUGAUGAUUUCGACUGGCAGCUCAUACAGGGUAGGACGCCCUCUGACAACACAGGCCCGCCAUCCGAUCACACCAAAGUGACGUCAUAUGGGAUCUACGCAUAUAUUGAAACAUCCGGGCGUGCAACAGGGGACAUUGCCAUCCUUAAAUCUUCUGAUUUUCAAUCUGGGUCCACACAAUGUCUCGAGUUUUAUUAUUACAUGUAUGGAACCAACCUUGGUAGACUUGAUAUCCAGGCACUCCAAGACAAGGAUACAAUCGGCACAACAUUAAGGUCAUAUAAUGGUACGCAGGGAAGUGCCUGGAGACAAUCGCUUGUUAACUUUGAUAUAUUCGAUGGUUUAUACUACACGAUCCUUUUCAACGCAAGCGUAGGAGCAACAGGGUUGAGCGACAUAGCUGUUGAUGAUAUCAGCGUUUACCCGGGUAACUGUUCCGGACGCUCAGACAUUUGUGAUUUUUCCGUCGACUUCUGUGAUUGGGAGCAAGCGAUUGAUGACGACAUUGAUUGGUUGAUAGGUUCAGGAAGUGACAGUAAUGACCAACCUAUCAAAGACCAUACCACAGGAGCUGUAGGAGGAAACUAUGCUUACAUCGACUUCCACGAUGCACAAACCGAACCUGGCGAUCAAGCCCGUCUACUCAGCUUAGAGCGAAACCCGCCUGCCGAUGGUCAGGCAGAAUGUCUUGGUUUCUGGUAUCACUUAAAUAAGACGAACGUCGGAUCCUUGAACAUCAUGGCCACAUGGGUAGAUAAUGGUACAACGGUGAUCACUGAUCCACUUUGGACCGUCAGUGGUAACCGUGGGGAUCAAUGGUGGUUUGGUGCUGCAACGGUCGUCUCCAAGUUUCCUUAUCAGGUCAUCAUAGAAGGUAUAGUUGGAACUGCGACGAAGGGAGGCAUUACCAUAGACGAUGUUGGGUUUACUUCCGGGGCAUGUGAUCAACCAGGUCACUGUAGCUUUGAUCGGGACAUAUGUUCGUGGCAAACUACUGGUGAUGAUGGUGAUCACGAUGAGCGGCCUUGGAUACGGGAGUCAGGUAGAACAGUCAGUGGCAACACCGGACCAGCUAAUGACCACACUAAAGGAACAGCCGAAGGUUAUUACGUACAUGUUGACGCCACGGACACUGAAGAUGGCGACACUGCUACACUAUUUAGUGAAGUCUUCGACCCUUCAUCCGCUGAGGGCGAUUGCUUUGCAUUCUGGUACCAUAUGAAGGGAAAAGGGGAAGUUAACCUAACGGUAUACUAUCAACAGUUCGACCCUCCUACGACCUAUGACCCACAGGAAGUGUUUGUCGUCAGUGGCAAUCAAGGUGACAUGUGGCUGGAAUAUCAGUUUGACCUUACCUCGGAUGUGGAAUUCCAGAUUUACUUCCAGGUCGUGUUUACUGAGGGAGGCUACAUUGAUGUGGCUAUCGAUGAUACGAGUCUUACAACAACAAAAUGCUCAGAAUUCAACCAAUGGCACUGUACGUUCCAGGACGGUCUAUGUGGAUAUACCCAAGCUGCUGAUGACGAACAGGAGUGGACUAGCAAGUUCGGUCGUACAUCAUCUUUCGACACGGGCCCAGAUCACGACCACACCAUCGGCGAUGUCUUCGGUAAAUACCUUUACUUGGAGACCUCAACUGGGAAAGCCGGUGACAAGGCACGGCUCCUCGGUGCGUUCGCCCCACCAGGCAAAUACUGCAUUGACUUCUGGUUCCACAUGUACGGUCAACACGUCAACACGCUUAAUGUCUACAUUCAAAGGAAUGCAACGGUCCUGGACCUACCAGUGUGGACUCGGUCUGGGUCUAUUGGCAAUCAAUGGAUGGAAGGAUACGUGGACGUGGUUGACGUCGAAGAAUUCAGGAUUGUUUAUGAAGCAAUCAGAGGAAUAUCCUACCUUGGAGACAUCGCUAUCGAUGACCUUGACUUGAUUGAAGGGGAAUGCACAGGUACCCAUAUGUGUGAUUUUCAACACGAUGACCUAUGUGGAUAUCAUCAAGAAACUAUCAAGGACGAUUUUGAUUGGUUGCAAGGAUCUGGAAGUACGUUGACCCCUGGAACUGGUCCCACAGUAGACCACACCUAUGGUACAGAUUACGGCAAGUACAUGUAUAUAGAUUCAUCUGCACAAUCACCUGGGGAUAUAGCCCAAUUCUAUUCAAAGACUGCAGAUCCAGAUCCUACUGGUUUCGCCUGCUGGAAGUUCUACUAUUAUAUGAACGGUGCUGGAGUAGAUACACUAAGGAUACUUUUUGACGUUGAUGGCAGCCAAACGGAGAUAGCUGCAAUAUCGGGCAACCUCGGGAAGGGAUGGCAUUCAAAGCAAGUAGAAGUAGCGACCACACAGAGGUAUCGUGUGGUGUUUGAAGCAUCGGUAGGGGAUACCAAGGAGACAGGCGACAUUGCAAUCGAUGACGUGGACUUUAGGAGUGGUCAAUGUGGACACGACUUAUCAUGUGACUUUGAGGGCAGUAUGUGCUUAUGGGAGAAUACACAAAAUGGUGAUAUAGCGGAUUGGGUCCGAUAUACUGGUAUUACACCAACACCACAAACAGGACCUAAUUUUGACCAUACAACAGGGACAGAAGAAGGCUUUUACAUGUAUUUCGAGAGCCAUACCGCACAACCUGGGUAUUCUGCCUGGCUACUGUCCCCGCCCUUCAAUUAUGACGUCACAUCUACAUGCUUUACAUUCUGGUAUCACAUGUUUGGUUCGUAUAUCGGUGAGCUUAAUUUCAUCGUCAUCGAUGACGUCACAAAGGAAGAAACCUAUCGAUGGCGUCUCCAAGGGCAACAGAAUCCUGAUCAGAUGACUUGGUUGCAAGGGAAAUUCCAGGUGUUUGAUCCCAACGAUGACAUGGUCAGUACAACAGUAUCUAUUAUCGAGAUUCUGUGUGACCUGCCACCCCAAAACCAUCAAAGUCGCCUGAGAGGUUCUCUGUAAAUAGCCAAGAUUAAUAGCAAUUUGACUUUCAAAGGGUAUAAAAUAAAAUAAAUACCUUACAUGUAUUUGAAAUAGUAGUUAUUCCUCUUAUUCUGUCAAAAUUUGAAGUAG